UGUCAAUCCCGGAAGUAGUUAGCAACCAGCAACUGUUAGCACGCUGUGUGAUUUAUGUUGUGAUAAAUAGACGCCAGAAAAGAAACAUGUCAGCGCAAACGAUAACAGUGACAGUUGCAUACGGAUCCACAAAGCACAGCAUCACAUUGACCGGGGAAGACGAUGGCAAGGGUCCAACAGUCAAAGAACUGGCAGAUGCUCUUACACAAGCAACUGGAGUACCUCAAACAUCACAGAAACUGAUAUUCAAAGGAAAAUCUCUCAAGGACAUGGAGGAGAGUCUGACCAGCUAUGGAGUAAAAGAAGGCUGCAAGCUCAUGAUGAUUGGCAAGCGGAACAGUCCCGAGGAAGAAGUCGAACUGAAGAAGCUGAAAGACAUCGAGAAGUCUGUUGAACAGACGGCCAAAAAACUGGAGAAGGUAGACGGAGAGUUGACCGGACUCAAGAAUGGCUUCCUUGCCAAAGACCUCCAGGCAGAGGCAUUGGGUAAACUUGACCACCGAGUGAAAAUAGCAGCAGAACAGUUCAUGAAGAUCCUGGAGCAGAUUGAUACUCUGAGUCUUCCUGAAAAUUUCAAUGACUGCAGAAUGAAGAAAAAGGGACUUGUAAAGACGGUGCAGGAUUUCUUGGCCCAGUGUGACAAGAUCGAGGCUUGCAUAUCAGACCACCUAUCAAAGAUCCAGUCGAAAAAUCUCGCUUUGGCGGAGUAGAGCCAACAGUCUCAAAUAGCAUGUGAUAUACAUUGCUCUGUGAGCAACUGCAAAGUGUACAGAAAAUGUGGAGCAGCUCCUUGUCUAUUUAUUGUUGCGGUGUAUUGAAUGAGAGAAUUCCUAGAAUUUGAUGUCAGCCACAUCUGGGUUAUGUUGUCUGGGUUACAGACUGAUAUGAGAUGCACCCUUGUUCCCACAGUUGCACUAUGAAAGGAUCAGAAGUGCUUUAAAUUGUGGCCGAUCCCCUUAAAGCAAACCAAACUCAUGAUCAUAAAACUGCCACGUUCAAAUGAUUAUCAGAAUUAUCCAUAAAUAUGUCAGAACUGUUGCCAGUGUAUCAGCUAAUAACUCUGUAAGAAAAUAGAGAAAUAGUUUUGUUUUUCUUUUCAUUGUGAUAUUCCAACUGUUAAUUGUUUAAAAAACACAUUUGCUACACCUAGGGUCAAAAGUAUGUGAGCAGACACGGGGGCCGGAUAGUCUCGUGGUUAUGUUGCAUGCCCCAUGUAUAAAGGCUAGUCCUCUUUGCAGCGGCUGUGGGUUUGAAUCUGACCUCGGCCCUUUGCUGCAUGUCAUCCCCCUGCUCUCUCCUUCCAACAUGUCCUGUCUCUCUUUAGCUGUCCUAUCCAUUAACGGCACAAUGGCCCAACACAAAUAUCUUUAAACAAAGGUAAGGGUUUUUAACUUUCCUAACAGAAUGUUGGAACUUGGGUGCAGAAAUGAACCUGAUGAUUGGCUAUAAGAGGGGACUUGAAAUCGUCCCAGUUCAGAGUGUCAGGCUGUGUGUGCUAUCACCAAGCAGGGAAAAUGCAUUUUUUUGUCUGUGUGCAUAAGGGAAAUCUCAUGUUUUCACUGAAAGGUGGUCCCUGUUUUUGUCUGAUAAGGAUUGUUGCUGGGGGACAUUUAAUUAUAUCAAUGACAUUAGGCAAAUUUGAGAAUAAGUACUUGUAACUUGAGCCCACAGCAGAAAAAUAAGUACAUGGUGCUGUUCAUACAUUUGGCCAUAGUGUAUGUAAAUGUAUUUGUUGUACAUUUAAUUCAACACCUUCUGUUAAAUCCAGUAAUUGAUCCUGUGUUAUCAUGUAACUUUUGAAUUGACUGGAAUGGGAAAUGCUUUAAACCAACGCUGACACGUGUUUUGGUUUGUUUUAAAAUAAAAGAUUUUUGGAAAAUCUGUGA